GCUCAGUGCAUUGGGAGACAGUAUCGUGGAUGUUACUUUGUUGUUGCAUUAGGCAGGCGUUUGUUUGUUUAAAUGUCGGUAUAUUUCCGCAUUAUCGGCGUGUGCUCACGAAAUUAGAAGUAUGGAAUAUGUGGUCUGUGAUCUUGCGAAAUACAUUGUAAUGCAGCCUUUCAAGGCUCGAAACUAGCGGCCGUGAUAUCCCGUUAAGCCAAUGAGCAGCAACAGAGACCUUCCAGUAACAUCAUCAAAAGGGAAUGUAGAGUGCUUGUGUGAAUUGAAUGAUCCAUGGCUGUGAAUUGCAGUGAAAAGUGUUUUACCAAAUGUCUAUUAAGCAGUAAACAGUGCUACGUCUGUUAUAUAGACGUAUUAAUUUGUGAAUUUUAAGUUAAAUUUCUGGUCCGGAAUGCCUGGAAGUCGCUCGAGUAACGAUCCCGAUCAUAAGUCACCACGCGAAAGCGGCGAGGAUUCAGAAGAUGAGAGUGAAAUUCUGGAAGAAAGUCCCUGUGGAAGGUGGUUGAAACGCCGAGAAGAGUUCACUGCAGGUCACUUCAAAAAUGAAGUGCAGAGGGGUGCCAUUCCUAGCACAGCAACAUCGAAGAAUUGUUUAAUCAGGAGAAUUGUAAUUUAUAAAAUGUAUUAUUGUUUUGAACAAAGACUAAGAAAAUAUUUCAUUAUUGUUGUAGGGAAUUGGCCGAGGUUGAAUUCCUUUUGUGGAGGACCUAACGGAGGCAAACAGUUUUUCCAAAGAGGAGGAUUGCAUCUGCGUUUAAAUACCCGCUCAUACCAAAAUACAGCGAAUGGAAUGGAACCAGAUCUACAAUUUUUAUGGAGAUUAAUUCCAAACUUGUGGUUGAAUAUAAUUACUGUCAGAUUUUUUAUUUCUAAUUUGCAGUACAAAUUUAUUUUGCCAAUCUUUUUGUCCCAUAACAGACUGGAUGUGUCUUCCGGGGGACUUGUAUCUCCGAUUCUUCUAUUUGUACAUAUUGACUAUUUUAUUUAA